AAAACGGCCAGAGCGCCGGGCCACCGUCGUAGGUGUGGGCCACUUGAAUGGAACGUUGGGCGUAAUGCAAAGCCUUCCACGGUCCGCGCGGCUGGUACCUGCUCCUUGGGCGUGAGUGCAGCGUGUGGGUCGUGCGCGUGCGCGCUCGCCGGAGGCGCGGGGCGGGUGCGCCGGACCGUUGCGGGCGUGAGGCUGCUGAGGGGUGCCGCGCGCCCGAAAGACCGGUACUUGCGGGGCCUCUAGCUUCGCCCCGGGCUGCGGGCAGCCCUGGCGGCCGCCGGAGACCGCAGAGGGCGGAGGAAAGCAGGGGGCGGCGGGGGCCGGCCUCGGAACGCGGAGGAACAGCCGAGCAUGCCCCGAGACAACAUGGCCUCCUUGAUCCAACGGAUCGCCCGCCAGGCGUGCCUCACCUUCCGGGGCAGCGGGGGCGGCCGCAGCGCUUCCGACCUCGGCGCGGCACCGGGUCCCGAGGCCCCGAUGCCGCAGGGCUUUCCGGAGAACCUGAGCAAGCUGAAGAACCUGCUGACCCAGGUCCGCGCCGAGGACCUGAAUAUCGCCCCGCGUAAGGCCACGCUGCAGCCAUUACCGCCCAACCUGCCGCCGGUCACCUACAUGCACAUCUACGAAACCGACGGCUUCAGCCUCGGCGUGUUCCUGCUCAAGAGCGGCACGUCCAUCCCAUUGCACGACCACCCGGGCAUGCAUGGCAUGCUCAAGGUGCUCUAUGGCACCGUUCGCAUCAGCUGCAUGGACAAACUGGAGGCGGGCGGCGGGCAACAGCCGCGGGCCCCGCCGCCGGAGCAGCAGUUCGAGCCGCCGCUGCAGGCCCGGGAGCGGGACGCCGUGCGGCCGGGCGUGCUGCGCUCGCGGGCCGAGUACACCGAGGCCAGCGGCCCGUGUGUCCUCACUCCGCACCAGGACAACCUGCACCAGAUCGACGCUGUGGACGGACCCGCCGCCUUCCUGGACAUUCUGGCCCCGCCCUAUGACCCCGACGAUGGCCGGGACUGCCAUUAUUACCGGGUGCUGGAGCCCGUCAGGGACAAGGAGGCCUCCGGCUCGGCCUGUGACCUGCCCCGAGAGGUGUGGCUCCUGGAGACCCCGCAGGCCGAUGACUUCUGGUGCGAGGGGGAGCCCUAUCCGGGUCCCAAAGUCUUCCCUUGAAGCCGCUCGCGCCUGGCUGCUGUGGGCCGAAGACGUGCCCUGUUCACAUCUGGGCCUCCCUUUCCGCGACCCACCAUAAGGGCUUUGUCCGUACCCCCAGGCCUGGGCGUUGGAUCUACUGGAAUGGGCUGUAGCCGCUUCCUCCGGAGCCGUGGGAAGCGCUGACGUCUGGAGUGCAGCCACGGGGCCGGGUUAGGGGGUGGGGAAGGCGGGUAGACUAGGUUGUUUCCUGGCUCUGUCACUGCCACCGGGGUUUUGAUUUGGGGGAAAGGGGGGGUAGGGGACUAUCUGAAGCGCUUCCGUCCUAAAGCCAUAAUGAAAAUAUUCUCUUCUCUGUUCCCUAUCCUAUACAAAAUACACUAAAUGCCCCCACCCCCUUUACCCGGGUAAAUAGGGUUUGUUUUCCACUUACGUCCUAUGCCCUUUUACUUAUUGUUAUAGUUUUAACUUAUUGACUGCAUGACCCAGUGGUUUGAAUUGUUUUUAGUUCAAGUCAUUGGUAAAAACUAGGCUUAAAAAGAUGAGCUACUACUUAAAAUGAGCUAUCCUGCCUAAUUCAUUUGUUGUGGAAUAGAUCUUUUUUCCAGAGUUGGGGCAUCACCCCAGUAACAUAACUAUGCAUGUAGAGGACAAGAUUUAAUUUCUUUCCUCCUCUUGCCCAGUAGCCACAUCUGGUUUACUCUGGCAGCAUCUACUAAGAAAUUCAGCACCUGCAUAUCUCAGUGACAAAUGGUCACUUAGAGCUUCUCUUCCCCAUGAGUCUCCAGAUCUGUGAGUUGAACAGAUUGCUUGUUGCAGAUUGACCUUUAAUGCAAAAACUAUAUUAUCCUCAAAUGACUUUUUUUUUUUUUUGUCUUCGUGUGCUUUAAGAAAUGAUAGGGUAAUUCCAGGUUUUCUAAGGAGAAAAUUCAAAGGAGCUAAUCAGCAUGCUUCCAAACAACCGAAUGUAAAACACUCCUAGCCAGCUGUUGAAGUCCAUGCCCCUAUUUACUUCCAGUAUUUUCCUGCAAAAAUAGAGAAAGAUGUUGAUGGCUGUUUGAGAUUCUCUCAGGAGCUCUAGUGUUCCAGAAGGCUGGUGGUUCCAGCUGUACUGUUUUGGUGGCAGUGUUCUCAAAACCCCUCAGAACAGUAGAGAGCCAGUUGUUGCUUCUUCCAGUGUAGUUUUCUAUAGGAAGAGAGAAGGCACAGAUGAUCAAGGCUACAGAAUAGAGAAUUACCUAUACUGCUGGCCAUUUUAGAGCAUCAAAACUUGGGACAAAGUACUUCCUAACCUCUUAAACAAUUGUGCUAUCUGUAACUAGUUUUAUUUUUGUCCUUUUAGGAAGCUCAGCAACUUUACCUUGUUUACAAAUGUAUUUACACCAUUUGCUUCAGGCUAUGGAGCACUAUUGUUUCCCUCUUUUUACUAUUUAUAGGAUUCCUUUUUCACAACACUUUUAAUAAAAACAAACUGUAGAAAUAAACACGUUAAAAUCUG